GCCAGCAAACGAUCACUGCUUCUACAAACCACCAAAACCCCAAACCACCACCACCACCAAACAAAAUGUUCGCCAAAGUGUUCAUCUUCGUCGCCAUCGCCGUUGCCUGCGCUGCUGGCAAGCCGCUGACCGCCGCCGUCGUCGCCGCACCGGCCGUUGUGACCGCCCAGAGCUCGCAGUACGUCGCCCGGAACUACAACGGAGUGGCCGCUGCCUACACCGCCCCGGCCGUCGUGUCGGCCGCUUACACGGCACCGGUGGCCGCCGCCUAUACGGCCCCAGUUGCUGCCGCUUACACCGCUUACGCCUCGCCGUUGGCUGCUGCCUACACUACCGCUCCGGUGGCCGCUGCCGCCUACAGUGCCCCGCUGACGGCCGCCUACACGGCUGCCUCGUACGCCCCGUACUACCCGUACGUGCUGUAAGGCACCGUCUCAGCAUAUCCUCAGCUAAUGACUCAAAGGACUCCUGUUUUACCCCCGCCAUGAUCGUUUGUUGUAAAUAAUUACAGUUGAAGCAUUAAGCAAUUCAAAG